CGUAGAUCCAAAAAUAUGCGAUGAAAGGUCAAAGAAGUGACUUUCUAUAUUUGUUUUAAUUGAUUUUGAAUUAAUUUAUUUAUUUUUAUUUACUUUAUAGUUUUUAGACCUUCCUGUCAUUUUCGAGAAUUCUAAAAAAUGUCGUCGCCACGCCCGAAAUCCCCUCGAACUCCUGUUUUGCCUAAAAAAGAAGAUAAAGAGGAGUCAUUUUGGGAUAAAAUUGGUACAAUUGGUCGCAAGAAGCGUAUAAAGGAAGUGCAAGAGGUUCAGGCGGAAGGUAAAUUUGCUAUAGAUUCGCCAGGAAGUCCAACAGCACCAGAAAUUCCGCCAGAAGAAUACAGCUUACAUGACAAUGAAGAAAGAGCAAUAAUCGAGCCCAGGUCUCUUGAGGACCCCAGAGUCAAGGAGUUGAUCCAAGUCCUCAUCGACUGGAUUAACGACGAAUUAGCCGCACAGAGGAUCAUCGUGAAGGACAUCAGUGAGGAUCUGUAUGAUGGACAAGUGCUGCAGAAACUUCUAGAGAAACUGACGGAGACAAAGCUAGAUGUGCCUGAAGUGACACAGAGCGAGGAGGGGCAGCGACAGAAGUUAGCUGUUGUUUUGAGAGAUGUCAACAGGGUCCUGUACGGUUCACCGAAGCCAGUGCAACAGUGGAGCGUGGACUCAGUGCACUCUAAGAAUGUAGUCUCGAUACUGCAUUUGCUUGUGGCACUCGCGAGACACUUCCGCGCGCCUAUACGCCUGCCCGAGAACGUUAGUGUCAACGUCGUUGUCGUUAAGAAGGAUGCUCCCAAUCAGCUGUCACAUCGCACAUACAUCGAAGACAUAACAACGACGUACGACGAUCUCGGCAUGAAGUGCGAACGAGAUGCCUUCGACGCUCUGUUCGACCACGCGCCUGAUAAACUGCAAGUUGUUAAGAAGUCGCUGAUCACAUUCGUGAACAAGCACCUCAGUAAGGUGAACUUGGAAGUCCUCGACUUGGACUCGCAGUUCCACGACGGGGUUUACCUGGUGCUGCUGAUGGGUCUACUCGAAGGUUUCUUCGUGCCACUGUUCGAUUUCCACCUGACCCCGCAGGACUUUGACCAGAAGGUCCACAAUGUCUCGUUUGCUUUUGAGCUGAUGCAAGACGUGGGUUUGGCCAAGCCCAAGGCCAGGCCUGAAGAUAUUGUGAACCUCGAUCUGAAAUCAACACUCAGGGUUUUGUACAACCUGUUCACAAAGUACAAGAAUAUGGCGUAACUUGCAUCACUUUGAAAUGUGCCAUCAUGUUAUUUUAACUGUAUCUAUACAGGGUUACUUGUAAAACACCGGCAACCUCGCAGGACAAGAUAGUUAACAUCAUAAGCAACAUCAUUUGUUCUACGACUUUUGAUAAUUUGUUAGAUUUUAUUUUCAUACAA